UAAAUGUCAAAAGUCGAAAACUAAAUAUAUUUUUGUUUUCUUCUUUUUCGAAAUUUGAGGAUAUUAUUAAAUAGAGUUUAGGUCAACAAUGAGAAUAUUUCCCAAAAAUUUACACCUGUGUGAUGUUUCCAUUGGAUACUAAGCAUCUCUUGCAAAAUGACUUCCACCGCAGUAAAUAGCAAUUCAGAGAUCAAGUGUUCACAAAAGGAUGAUGAGGCGCUCGGAGUUAAAAAAGAGACUGAGGUCAUCGUUAAGCAGGAGAUCGUGGAGUGCUUAGUGUGCCUGGGACGAAGCGGCAACUACUACGAGCUGAACUCGACGGCAACUGCCGGGGGAACUCCGCUGAGCGAUUUCCUGAAUAAAUUCACUCACGCUGGCCUCAACAAGGCACCAAACGGCUCCAAAUGUGUUUGCAAAACGUGCCUCAACCUAGUUAACAUCUUAGAACAAACUGAAUUAGAGUAUUAUAAAGCUAGAGAAGAAUUUCACGCAGUAAUCAGUAAGAACCCGCUCUUCGAAGCGUCGGUGACGAGCACGAACGAGCGAGUCACUCUAGAAGUAGUUAAGAAUGAAGAUUUAGGUGAAGUGUAUGUUAAUAACGAUUGUGAUGAUGAUUCAGAAGAUGAGCCACUUGCUCUCACUAAGAAAAAGCGACAUCGAAAAGUUGACAAGAGAAAAAAGAAGCCUGCCACUGAGAAUAAACGUAAAUUACGCAAUAAAGACAAUGCUGACAGUGCUUGGGAGUGUACAGAGUGUGUGGAGAGUGGGGAGUGUGGCGGCGAGGCGGCUCUCACGGCACACAUGCUGGUGGCACAUCUCAACAUGCAGAAAGUGAAGAAGGAGGAGUCACCUGACAGAUCCCAAAGUCCCAAUAUGAACUGUCUGGAAGAGAUGUUGAAGCUAGAAGCGGGCACAUUUGAUGAUGAUGAUGAUGACAGCUCCAUCUACGCUCCAGAACCAAUCAGCAACGGCAAGCAGCGCAGCAGGCCGCUCGGCCGCCCCAAGAAGAAGACCUUCAAGAGCAUUCCUGGCAAGAAGAAGGACCCCAAAGUGAUGCACCAGUGUGACCAGUGCAAUGCCAGAUAUACCUCAAUAGUUCGUCUAGAGCAACAUAAGUUAAAGCAUGACGACUCCAAGCCCCCCUACAUCUGCGAGGUGUGCGGAGCCCACUACAAGCACAAGAGAGCCUGCGACAUUCACGUCGCCUUACACAAAGGUAUAAGCGAUUGGAAGUGUGAAGAGUGCAACAAGCUGUUCCCCUCCAAAGGCGCCCUGCAGAGGCACAACAACAUACACACAGGCAAACUGAACUAUCAGUGCGACCUGUGCGGCAAGUCGUUCAUCCACACGUCGUCGUUCAAGAUGCACAAGCUGUCGCACUCGGGCGUGAAGCCGCACUCGUGCGACGUGUGCGGGCUGGCGCUCAUGACGCGCUCGCACCUCAAGCGCCACAAGCGCGUGCACUCGGGCGAGAAGCGCCACGAGUGCGCCGUGUGCGGCAAGCGCUUCAGCGAGCGCUACAACCUCGUGGCGCACGCGCGCGCGCACCAGGGCGCGCCCGACGCCGCGCACGCCGCGCUGCCGCGCCGCCGCCUCUUCCGCUGCGCCUUCUGCCCCGAGCGCUUCGAGCGCCGCUACAUGCUGGAGCGCCACGCCGGCGCCGCGCACGGCCGCGCGCUCGAGCGCCCGCCGCCCACGCCGCGCAACACCAUGAGCAAGCUGCUCAAGGCGCAGGCGCAGCGCCGCGACCACGACUCCGUCGCCGCAGCAGAUGGUGACAGCAAGUUAAACCGCAGCCCAGAAUCCAGAGCUGCCUCAGGAUCAAAGCUGCAAGUGGCACUAUCGGCGGAGGGUAGCGCGGGCGGGGACGGCGCGGCGGGCGCCGUGUCGGCGAUCACGUGGGCCGGCGCCUACGCCGCCGAGUUCGGCCUCAGGCCCGACUACUCGCACUGAUAAUACACCACUGCGGUCACGCGGCUGUUCUGUUUGGCGGACAUUGCGACCACACGCUAAAAUAUUACCCUACGAGUGUUAUACAAAUCAUCGCACAGUUUUUGUUAAAAAGUGAGUUUAUUGACUUAAAACGAGACAGAUUUAUAUGAGAGAUAUACAUCUGUCUCGUUUUAACUCUGUCUUAAGUCAAACAAAGCUAGAGUGCGGUCUAUAGAUCUCACCCUAACUGUGCGGUGAUAUUUUUAUCGCACACGUGCACAAAAUAUCUGCUUUACAGUUCCGACAGCGAUAAUAUAAGUACCAUUUUACGAGCGAGUAUAAUGUGGAUCAUGAAAUUAAAAUUGGGAUGUAAAUACAAAGCAUAAAUUAUAUUAAAACAAAUUUAUUUUAUGGAUAUAGGUUUCUUAAAAAUCCCAUGGAAACUUUUCUAUUUUCCGGGAUAAAAAGUAGCCUACAUAUGUAUAUCUUUGGCCGGGAUGCAAGCUUUCUCUGUACAAAAUAGGUGAUGUCUGGGACUUCAUCCAUGUCAUUUUGGUUUUGUAGAAAUUUGGUGGAAACUCUGAUUUUCCGGGACAAAAAGUAGCCUAUGUCUAUCCCUGAAAAUGUAAACUACUCUGCAUCCAAUUUCAGCAAAACAGUUGAACGGAUUGACCGUGAAUAGCUAACAGACAGAUAAACACACUUUCAUAUUUAUAAUAUUAGCCUUUUUUUAUUUUUGCUUCAUCUGUGCAAUACUUGUUAAUUUUGUUGAAUUAACAAGAACAGCUAAUGAAUUAUACUAUAAUUAAUAUUAUGAUAUUAUAAUGCCAUCACAAAAUGCAUCACUCGUUAUGAAAGUUGCAAAAGUGUACAAGACAACCUGUGUCACAUUUAAAAGCCGAAAUUAAUAAUAAUUAUAAUUACUUAUCUGUAAUCUGUCUAUUUAUUAUUAAAAUAUAAGUUAUUCGUGUAAAAGAAUAGCACCACAUUUAGACCUGUGAAUUUAGUGUGUAUUAUAGAGAAUU